CUGCGACAAGUCCCAGGGAAACCACAUUGUCCUGCAGCUGGAGGUCAGACAGUCCCUGGACUUUUUCUCAAACCCAUAGCUGGACAUUGCCCAAAAUGCACCCCUAGACCUCUCUGGUGAGACCAACGGGAUCUACUGUCUACUCCCAGGUUAAUUACAUUAUUUACCAAACGAAUUCAAUUCAACCCAACAGGCAGAGUAUAGGCUCAGAGAGAACCCAUCCCAAGCAUGAGGAGGUGAGCAGGGAGGCAAAGUCUUGCGGAUUCAUCCAGCUGCUUUCUGAUUCCACACCCUUCUAUUAGGGCUGGGGACAUCCCUUGUUCGAAUGCUCACAGAGUUUGUUCCACGUGGGCUGCUGAAGCAGUGCUUAGUAAUGAGCUUGAUGGAACUUUGACUGGAUUUCUCCUGUGGGACCACAGCAACUGAUGCCCAUCCCUGGGUACCCCCAUUGGCUGUGGCACAAUGGACAAGAAAAUGUACGUGGAGGCAAGUAUCAAGGCUCCUGGGGCCCAGCCAAGUCCUGGCAUGAGCGCCACCAGCAAGAGGCCUGGUGCUGAGCCCACCAUAUCAGGAGUCAACCAGGUUGCACUCCCAGAUUCUGCAGGGAUGGACGGUGGGAAGCAGCCCUUUUCAGCCUCAGGAGGGCCAGAAAAGGGACCGAGACACAGGGAAUCCUCAGAGGAGGGUCCUCUGGAGCUCAGGACCCAGGAGCAGACGUAUCCGGCAGGACCAAGGAAGAAGCAGUCAACUCCGGCCCCCCAGGAAGGGCCCAGGGAGCUGCAAGCAAGCCGGGGUCAAGCCAAGCCAGGAAGUGAUCUGGGGGUGCUGCCUUCCGGGGUCCCUGCAGCACAGGAAAGGAAGGAGACCGAGGACCAGCGGGGGAGACAGCAGAACCCAGGGACGGUGAAGGGUCAGGCCCUCCAGAGCCACCAGGGCCAGGAGUGUCAGCCCAUCCCAGGUCACCAGGCAGCUCAUGCGGCAGACAUAGUGCAGCCAGUGGACACUUCUUGCACCUUGGACAGCUGUGGGCAGCCACGGGGAGACAAGAUCCCCAAGGAGUUGGACACCCCCCACAUCAGGCCACAGGAGGACAUUUCCCAGGAGGCAGUGCCCCUGAUACCCUUGGCAACUCCAGAGGAAAAGACAGCCAACUCCUUCCCACCAUCCACGCCAGGACCUGACCCACCCAAAGGAAGGGUCAAGGCCAUGGAGACCCAACCAGCACCAGGGCCUGUUCCUGCACUGGAGGUGAGGGGCACUGCAGAGAGGAAGGAUCUGGACCCUGUGCAGAAGCAGCCUCGGGAGCCCACGGUGGCUAUGGGGGCCCAGAACCUUGGGAGCCUUCGGCAAGGCUUCAUGAAGUGCUUACUGGAGGUGGAGGAGGAGGAGGUCACACAUCGGAGGGCUGCCAAGGCCCGGGCCCUGCCAAACCGGAAGUCCCCCAGGACCCUGACCCCUGUGCCCUCCUCGGCCCCAAGCCUGCCUCUGACCCUGCCUCAGACCCCUGCCUCGGCCCCUGCGAUGGCCCCAUCCUGGGCCCGGUCGCCAGCCCCCGGGCCAGUCCCUGUCCCUGCCCCUGUGGGAUCCCCGGUCCCGGCCUCAGGGCUGGUCACAGCCCUGCCGGCCCCCACCCUGGACGUGGGCUGGAGAAGGGCAGAACUCUUGCACCCGAGUGGAGAGAGGAGCCUGAGCAGCACCAAGACACGGCAGGAGCUGGAGGAGCGCGGCCUCCUCAAGCUGUACCAGAGCUGGGAUGAAAGGUUCGAGGAGCAUCUCACCCUGAGGCAAGAGGAAGCCUUCCGCAGUUACUUUGAGAUCUUCAAUGGCCAUGGCGAGGUGAACGCACAGAACCUUGGCAACAUCCUGCUGCUUGUGGGCAUCUCCCUCACGCCGGCUCAGGUACAGGACGCCCUGAGGAGUGCCGACAUCGAUGGAGAUGGUCACGUAGGCUUCAAGGACUUCUUGGCUGUGAUGACAGACACCAGGCGCUUCUUCUGCUCUGUGGAGCAGAAUGCCCUGACGGACAUGGCUCCCCCAAACCCCCACACUCUGCUCUUUGAGAUCCUGUCCCUGCUGGUGGAGAUGCUGGCCUUACCGGAGGCGGCCUUAGAAGAGAUCACCAACUAUUACCAGAAGAAGCUGAAGGAGGGCACCUGUAAGGCCCGAGAGAUGGAGACAGCCAUAGGCCGGCUGCGGUCCCGGAAGAAGCUUCCCUACAAUCCCCAGCAGGCAGAAUUGGAAGUCCCAGAACGAAGGGUUCUCAGGAUCCUGAGCCGGCUGAAGCAGCAGAACUAUGCUGCCAACCUGCAGAGCCCCUACGCGCAGGUGCCCUGCAUCCCUCUCUGUCCGCGGCUGGACAAGAUGGUCCGUCGGAAGCAGGGCAGCCACUACGUGCUGGACCCGUGCACCCCCGCCAGCCUGGGCCCUGACAUCCGGAGCCUCCUCUUCCAGUCAGGAUCCCAAGGAGGCAGGGAACACGGCUCUGAGAGCUGCAAGUGGCUCAGUUCCGUGCCAGCUCGAACCCACUGACCUCUGGAGUCUCGACUCGGGGCAGCCAUUCAGGACCUGCAGGCGGACAGGUUCUUAGGCCGGUAUUGCUGCUGGAUUUUGCUUUUGUGGCCUGGUAAGCCAAUAAACACCAAGAACCUUG